UCUUGGUUCAGAUUUCUUGGAACAAACAUAAGACAACUGCCACUGUUUCAAAAAGAUUUGACGAAGAUGGAUUACUUGUGUAUUUCAGGAUGUGAGAGUCGAGAUCAUGUGCCGUUGUCAUUUCCACCAUUGUUGAGAGUCUGUUCUCUAACGAGACUCGAAAUGAUGGGUUUGCACAUCUUGCAUAUCCCUGCGGAAAUUGGUUGUUUAACAUCGUUGAUAUUCUUAAAUUUGAGCAGAAACGACUUCAAGAUUUUACCUGAUAGUAUCAAGCAUCUUUCCAAGCUGCAGUUUCUUGGCCUAAGCUAUUGCAGGAAACUUGAAUCAUUGUUCGAGGAUAUCAGUUGUCUAAUAUCAUUGAGAAUCUUAGAUUUGAGAGGCAAUGACUUCAAGGUUCUGCCUGCUAGUAUCAAGCAUUUGCCAAAGCUUGAAGAGUUUCACAUAAGCUAUUGCAGGAGACUUGAGUCAUUAUCAGGGCUUCCUAGUAGUCUAUGGCAUUUUGUUGCACAUGACUGUUCAUCUUUGGGAACUAUAUCGAGUGAUAUGAAAUUUGUUCAUCAAAUAGUGGGAGGAAAAUACAUAUUCAGUAAUUGUCUCAAACAAAAGGAAGAUAUGAGCGUAAAGGUACAAACUGCUGCAAAGUCAUUGUUCCAGACUGCGAGUCCAUAUUUUUUGAAUGGCGUCGUAAUGUGUUUACCAGGCAGAAACAUUCCAGAUUGGUUUACUGGUCGUGGAACAGGAGCUUCAGUUACCUUGCAAUUGCCUACAGGAUUGCGUGACAACAAUUCCAUAGGUUUAGCUCUAUGCAUUUCUGUUGCAUUCACAGACUAUUCUCCAAAAUUAGGACUAACCAUUCACGGUGAUUUCCGCCUGGAGAGUCGAGAAGACUACUUUCAUGAGAAGGAGGCAUGGGAUUUCGAUCUGAAACCAUUCGAAAGAGAAUCUAUGCAAGCGCCAGCCGACGUUCAAACCCGAUUUCUCAGGUCAGAUCACAUAUUCCUCUGCUCCAGAAAUCUGUACGUCGAGGAAUGCAAUAAUCACAAGACGGUGACCGUCACGUUCCACCUUUUGGACGGAGCAGAUAUGCCUCUAGAGUGUUGCAGGGUGGAGAAGUGUGCCUAUUACGUGCUACCGUCUUGAAAUGGAUCGACGUAUCGCAUGCAUUCAUGAGUGUAUUGAUUUUUACGUGUGUGUGAAGCCAGGCGGCUUGUUUUCGUAUCUUUUUCAAGGUUGUCGGGAUUGCUGUCCAUAAUAUCAUGGACUAACACAUAACAAUAUCAAAAUCCUUACCUUGGAGUA